UAUAUGGAAACUAUGUAUGACAGGGCAGCUCGCCACAGACCAUGCCCCUCUUUCUCUCUCUCUCUCUCUAUAUAUAUAAUACAACUUCAUUCGUCGAUAUACAGUCAGCUGCUCCAAUUCCGUGAAUUUUCAUCUUGUGACUUUUUCGAUUCUGCAGAAUGGGUGAGAAGAAAAAGCAAAAUGGCGGAGAGCAAAAGGAGGGGAAGAAGGAGAAAGCAGGAGACGAGAAUAGUAUCACGGUCGUCUUGAAAACUGAUUUGCACUGUGAAGGCUGCGCUUCCAAACUCAUCAAAUCCAUUCGCUCCGUUGACGGUGUGAGUGCGGUGACGAUCGGAGGUGGAAAGAAGAUUACGGUGGUCGGGAAUGUGGAUCCGGCGGAGCUGCGUGAAAAAGUGGAGCAUAAGACACACCAAAAGGUUGAACUCAUUGUUUCACCGCAACCUAAAAACAAUGGCGACUCUAGCAAAGCAAAUGGCAACAGUGAAAAUAAGAACAAAAAUGAAGCGAAAGAUAAGAAGUCUGACGAUAAAUCCGAUCAGAAGAAAUCGAAGGAGAAAGAGCCACCGGAGACGACGGCGGUGCUGAAGGUGAAUCUGCACUGCGAAGGAUGCGUCCAUAAAAUACACAAAACCGUCACCAAAACCAAAGGUUUCCGCGAGAUGAAAAUCGAUAGCCAGAAGGACCUCGUGACAGUUACCGGCGCCAUGGACAUGAAAGCUCUGGCUGAGUCGCUCCAAAAGCAGCUCAAGCGAGACGUAGAAAUUAUUUCGCCUAAGAAGGAGUCAGAAAAAAAGGAGAAAGCAGGCGGCGGCGGCGAUGAGGAUAAAACGGAAGGGAACAAGAUGCAAGCACAGCUGUUUGCGUACCCGAAUCCGUACCCGUACCCGUACCCGUUUAUGUACGGACCCGGACCUGUGGACCAUUUCGGGCAGGGUAAUUUUGGCCCGUAUCCAGUUGGACCGUACCACGCCCCUCAAAUUUUCAGCGAUGAGAAUCCGAACGCUUGCAGUGUCAUGUGAGGGCAACGUUCUAUUCGGUAUGUAAAUAAAAAGUAUUGCGAGAGGGCAAUUGGGUCAUUUCCUUAUAUUUUGGUAGAAUAAGUUGGCCAACUUGACUUUGGUCGCAGUCGUUUUGCUAUCCGUUCUGAUGCUGCUGGUCAUCGAUUUUGAUCUUCUUUUUUAUAUAUUUAUUUAUUCAUGCAUCCAUCUAUUGUAGACAUUAAUUAAUUAUUUAUUUAAUUUUUAGAAGGGUUUUGUUUUCUUAUAA